CAGAUACGGGCUGAUAUCUACCUACAUACCUAUUCCGCAUCCGCAUCCCAACGCUCCAGCUUUGCCUAAAAUGCUAAAGGGUAGCACACUGAAAGCCCUGGACGUCAGAAUCCUAUGGCCCCUUAUUGAAACAAGGUCAGCAGGUAAAUGUAAAUUACAUAACCCGAGGCCGACUCCAAACCGUAACAUUGCGGCAGCAAAAUUGAUCGUGACACUCAGAUUGCUCUUAUCCUGUUGCAGUGGAGGACACCAGCGCAGCUUCUCCAGCAGCACCCACCGGUCCUACAUAACAUUCAAUGAUUUCCGCAAAAAACACCGCUGGUACACAAAAAAGGAGCUUGUGGGCUACUCCAUGCAGGACAUGUACAGCGUGGUUUCCGACGUCAGCAAUUACCACAAGUUCGUGCCGUAUGUGAAGCGCUCCGAUGUGCACAGCCGGGGAAGUGAGGGCUUCAAGGCGGACCUCAUUGUUGGCUUUCCGCCGCUUAACGAGGCCUACACCUCGCAGGUGACCCUGGUGCCGCCCAGCUUGGUUAAGUCAGAGUGCCACGAUGGACGUCUGUUCAACUACCUCCUGAAUGAGUGGUCUUUUAAGCCGGGCCUCAAGGACAUACCUAACUCCUGCGUGCUGGACUUCAAGGUAUCGUUCGAGUUCAAGUCCCUCCUGCACAGCAACGUCGCCAACAUAUUUUUUGACCUUAUCUGCGAUCAAAUGGAAAACGCUUUUAUCCAGGAGGUCCGUCGACGGAGUGGUCCGCCCUCAAUCCGCUCCCACGUGCUUACUUCGGAUCGGUCCUGACCAGAAGAAUUGUGGAGAUGUUUUUUCUUUAGUGAUUUAAGUUAAAGUUGUGUACAUUGCGUUGUCAAACCUCUUAGCUAGUACAAUUAACCAAAUUGUAAAUAAAUUGAUUAUCAGUUUGUGUAUAAACG